CAGGCUGCGAGUGUACAGAAAUCUCAGGAUCUCCAGCAGCGUGUGAGACUUCCAACUCCUUCACCCUUGUCAGUGCCUGAUUAUUUUUGUGGAAUAGACAAUGAAGAGGCCCCUUCUGGACAGAAUGUUUCUCUGGGAAGAACACCGCCAAGCAGGACUUCGGGGCCAAAUCUAUCCACCCAGAAGCUUCAUCUCUGUGAGAUGUGUGUUCCUGUCAUGAAGGAUAUUUUGUACCUGGCUGAGCUUCAGGGAACACAUACCAGGCAGAAAUCCUACACACGUGUGGCACGUGGGAAACGAUUCUGUUUCAGUGCAGAUCUUCGCCAACACCAGAAUGAGCACGGUGGGAAAAAGCCCUCUAGCAAGGACGUGGACAGGGCUUCCUUUGCGAAGACCUAUAGAGGCCAUUCAUUAGGGAAGCCUUUCACCUGUGGGGAGGUUGAAAAGGACUUCCUGGCCAGUGUGGCCAGUGCUGUGAGUAUACACAGCAGUACUAAGUGUGAGGAAGUCUUUCGCAGUGGGAAAAGUUCUUACAGAUGUGGCGAAUGUGGAAAAGCCUUCUGUCGUAAACGUACCCUUGUUCAGCAUCAGAGAAUUCACACUGGAGAAGGAAUGUUUAAGUGCAGUGACUGUGGGAGAACCUUCAGCUACAAGCAUACGUUUGUUCAGCAUAAGAUAGUCCAUGCUGGAGUAAAGCCUUUUGAGUGCAGUGAAUGUGGAAAGGCCUUCAGGUUUAAGUAUAAACUUGUUCAGCACCACCGUACUCACACUGGAGAAAGGCCUUAUGUGUGUAGUGAAUGUGGGAAAGCUUUUGGGUGCAAAUCCAAACUUGUUCGGCGCGAGAGAAUUCACACCGGAGCAAGGCCUUAUGAGUGUGCUGAAUGUGGCAAAUAUUUUAGACAAAGCUCCGGCCUUGUUCAACAUCGGAGAAUUCACACUGGAGCAAAGCCUUAUGAAUGUGACGAAUGUGGAAAGUCCUUUAGCCAAAGCUCUAUCCUCAUCCAACACCAGAGAGUUCACACUGGAGAAAGGCCAUAUGAGUGCAAUGAAUGUGGGAAAGGCUGACAAAGCUCCAGUUGCAUUCAGCAUCGGAGAGUUCACGGAAUAAGGCCUUAUGAAUGUAGUGAAUGUGGGAAGUCCUUUAGCCAAAGCUUCAGGCUUAUUCUACAUUGGAGAAUUCACACUGGAGAAAGGCCUUAUGAGUGCAACGAAUGUGGAAAAUCCUUUAGCCAAAACUACAGCCUCAUUCAACACCAUAAACUUCACACUAGAUAAAGGCCUCAGGAGUGCAGCCAGCACAAGAAAGUUCAUUAAACAGUCUGCUCUGAUUUAACACCAAAACUUCACGACCCACGUUAGUUUUAUGAAUCAGCAAAUGUGCAAAAAUGUUCAGCCAAAGAUCUAAACUCAUUGAGCAUGAGAAAGAAAUUCCACUUAAGAUGGUGGCCUUAAACCUUCAGCGAACGUGCUCUUUGUUCAGCGUAACAACACUAGAGAGCAUCUGUGCAGAGCCAUCUGCUGUGUAUUCCAGUUGUGAGAAGUUUUCAGGAGCUGCAUUUCAUAUUCUGACCUGCGCAGACCUUGCCAGAAUUAUGUCACUGCCAGGUGGUAGUAGAAGUCAUUUUGCCUCUGACACCUGGCAGGUCCUUAUGGCACGCGUGUCACCUCAGCAUGCUUAGGGAAGACAGAUGUUUGCACUCUGUCUCCCAUCCUCUAGUGAAAAUCAUAAUCUGAUCCCCUGGGGGUUCUCAUUCGCUUUCUUCUGACUAGUAUGGCAGGGACCUGACCCACUUUUUGCUGAAAGGAUCCAGUCUAGGAACUGCUGAGUUUGUAAAGUUUUACCUUCAUGGUGUUAAUUGGUCUCAUGCAAUAUUUUUUAUAGGUUUUCCAGCCUCCAACUCACUGAUCUGGGACCUGUGUGUCUCACAUUUGCUCUGGUUUGUGCAAUAAUAAAAGUCUUAUUAAGUGACCUUUAA